GGAGGAGCGAGGAGCCGAGCAGAGCGGAGCGCGAGGCGCGGGGCCGCUCACAGUGCACACACGUCCCUCUGAUGGUUGCGCCGCGCUGCUCGACAUGCUGCUGCUGCUGCUGCUGCUAGCCGCCGCCUUGCGAGGGUGAGCCGCGCGGGGCCGCGGCGCCAUGUGAGGUGGGCGCCAUGGAGGGACGCGGGAGGGCGUGACGCGGGCGCCAGCCUGUGCAGGGUGCAGGACAGGGCGAGGGCAGACUAACGCCACCGCCCGUCCUGCCGCCCCUCAUGGAGUGGGCCAACGGGGACAUCCGCGUUGGUACGGGGCGUGCCCCGCCCCGCCCCAAGGUGCACGAGACCGUGGUCGACAUGCACGGCUACCCGCCCGCCCGCGACUACCCGCCCCAGACCCACCUGGACUACGGCUCGGUGGGCGUGCCGCGGGCCGAGUGCACGCCCAAGCACUGCGGGUACGGCGGCCCGCCCACCAGCGGCCACCAUCCGUAUGGCAUCACGCACCCCAACUACCAGACUUCAGGCUCAGCCCCGGGGGGCGGCUCCCCUUACCCGGGCGAGCGCCGUGAGUACGCACCCCCGCCCCGGGACUACCCGCCGCCAUCCUACACCAGCGAGCAGUGCGGCUACUCGGGCCCCGCGGGCUACGUGUCCACGGGGCGCCGCUCCCCGUGCCCGGGGGGGACGUGUAGCGAGUGUCCGGGAGGCGCGGCGUGCGAAUACCGCCCCGCCUGCUACUCCUCCGCCGACCGUCCGCCCCGCACCGACCUGGGGCCGCCCCCGGACAUCCACCCCGAAGUGCGGCCGGCCGAGGCGCGGCCGCCGCCCGACGUGCACCGCGACGUGCCGCCGGAACUGCGUCAGGAGGCGCGGCCCGAGUGCUACGAGGCGCGCGGCGGCCGCAGCCACCACGCCAGCCACUGCGACCUGCGGGAGUUCCAGGAGUGGCGGGAGCUGCGCGGCUCCAGGGAGUCCGUGGGCACGCUGCCGCCAGAGCUGGAGUCACACCUGCGGGAGUGCCGCUGCCCCUGCGACCACCUGGGCUACGGCAACUACCAGAGCCUGGUGGAAGGAUGCCCCGCCGUGUCGCACAUCUCUGUCAGUCACAGCAGCUGCAGCGCCGAAACUUGCAGACACGAAUCAUCCACAGUCUACACUCAGCUCUCCUACCUUGACUCCCCACGAUCAAAUUCAUCCAACGGCUUUGCUAACAGGCGGAAAGUUGGCGGGGAACUGAGCACUCGUCACUGGUGGUUGAUGGGGCUGGUGUUCCUGGUGGCGGCGGCGGCGGGGGUCGGGGUGGGUGUGCCGCUGGCCUUCCGUGCUGGCCCCUCGAUGUCGCUGGACCAGAGACUACAGCUGGCCCGGGAGAUACUGGACCAGCACCCUCUCAUUGAUGGCCACAACGACCUGCCUUGGAACAUAAGAAGCUUCAUUCACAACCAACUGGAGAAACUGAAGCUUAACGAGUCUUUAAAAGGAGUACAGCCCUGGUCCAUCAGCAACUGGUCACACACUGAUCUACCCAGACUCUUGGAGGGGAAGGUGGCUGGACAGUUCUGGGUCGCCUAUACACCUUGUGAGUCCCAGUACCAGAACGCUGUACAGAUCACGUUGGAGCAAAUAGACGUCAUCAAGAGAGUGAUUAAGAAAUACAGUGAACACAUGGAGCUGGUCACGAAUUCUAAAGACAUCAAGAAGGUGUUCCAGAAGGGUAAGAUCGCAAGUCUCAUCGCAAUAGAAGGAGGACACGGCAUCAGUAACAGCUUCGGCUCCCUCAGAAUGAUGUACGAGCUGGGUGUUCGGUACCUCACACUAACGCACACCUGUAACACCCCAUGGGCCACCUCGUCUGUCGUGGAGAGGACGGGGCACAUAGCCAAAAAUGAGACCUUUGGCUUGACUGACUUCGGAAAGAAGAUCGUGCAGGAGAUGAACAGACUGGGUAUGAUGGUGGACCUCUCCCACGUGUCCACACAAACCAUGAAGGAUACGCUGGCAGCCACUCGUGCCCCCAUCAUCUUCUCCCACUCCUCCUCCAGAGCUCUGUGUAACAACUCCAGAAAUGUGCCUGAUGAUGUGCUGCGCCAGGUGAAACACAACCGAGGGAUAGUUAUGGUCAGUUUCUACGCCAAUCACGUGAGCUGCACUGAACCUGCGAACGUGACGCAUGUGGCAGAGCACAUCAACCACAUAAGGAAAGUCGCGGGCAUUGAUCACGUGGGCAUAGGAGCUGACUUCGAUGGCAUCAAUAAGACUCCGGAUGGCCUAGAGGACGUCAGCAGGUAUCCUUGGCUAGUGGCGGAGCUCCUACGAGAUCCUAACUGGACCGCGGAGGACAUUGCAAAGCUGAUCGGGGAAAACAUUCUUAGGGUUUUUGAAGAAGUCGAAAGGGUGCGGGACGAGUUCAUGGCGCGAGGGGUGGAGGCGCAGGAGGAGGAAAUACACCCUGAAUACCUGAAGGGCAAAACCAACUGCACCUAUAUCUUUGACUAAGCUUCCUCAUCACCGCCAUGAUUAUCACCACCACCGCCACCGCCGCCACCACAGCCACCGCCACCGCCGCUGCCGCCGCCGCCGCCGCCGCCUCACUCUUACUGGUGGUGUGUGUGGAUAUUAGUGUGGUGGAGGGUGACAAGGACGGUGGAAAACUGAGGGAAGUGGAGCUUUGUACAGGAUAGACAAAAAAAAACUUUGUUAAUUGAAGCCCAAGGAACCAUGAGUGUGUGUGUGUGUGUGUGUGUGUGUGUGUGUGUGUGUGUGUGUGUGGCAAGUGACUGUCUCAAGCGAAUAGUUGACAAUUUUAAAGUUUUCCUACAAACGUUCACAAUGGAAAAGUGGAACAAGAUUAUAAACACUUGUAUAUAAAAGAGAAAGAGAGAGAAACAGAGGAAGUGUGAAAGGAAAGUGAAAGGAAAGUAAAGCCAAACUUUUAUUUAUCUAUUUUUUUCAGUGUGUGAUGAAUCGUUUGGACAAAGUGAUGAAAAAAAAAGAAAAGAAAGAAAAGAUAAAGUGAAGUAUGAAUAGAGAGAGAUAGAGUGUAAGAUUUGUAUCAAGAAGACUAUUGUUUUGUAAAUAAGAAAUUUAUACAAACUGACUAACAAACACGUUGACCCAAAAUUAAUUCUAUACAAGAGAUUAUAAACAUUUGCUGUUGUUGUGAGAGUUGCCAAGUUGUGGAUUUGUUGAUCUGAUGUACCACGAGGAGGAGGAGGAGGUGGAGGAGAAGCAGGAAGAAGGAGGAGGAGGAAGAGGAAGAAGAGGAAAAAUAAGAAAUCCAAGCGUCACUUCUACAUCUGCAGUUUGAAGAUGUCAACUUUUUUGUGCCAAAUGAAACUUUCUAAUCUCACAAAUCAGAAAAAAAUAAAACAAAAAUUCACCAAAAAAUAAAAUAAAAUAAUAAUGAAUUAAUUUGAAUCUUCAUGAGGUCAAGGAGAGCGAUUGAAACAGUUCGACUCCCCGAAGCAUUGGCAAUGAAACAGUCGAGGAAACAUAUCAGAAAAUGAGAGAUGAUUCGAAUCCUUUUUUUUUUUUUUUGCUUCGAAUUUGUGGCCGAAACGUGCUUCAUUGUGGCGAGUGAACCUUAGAAGCGUUAUUGUGGAGGCUAGAGAAGAGAGAAAGAAGUGAUGCAGUGAAUCAGUGAAGCAGAGUUGGUCGAGAAGCUCAAACUUACAACAGGGAAUACGAAGCAGGUCUCGUUGGGUUCGUCUGCGCUUCAUUCGGUGCUGGUUAACUGAAGCUCGCGCCAGACGUUGCCAGUUCGCUCAAUUAUCUUCUAAUUUAACGAGUAACAAACACAAUAAUGCAAAAGGGAAACAUAACAAGCUUGUCAACGUUUCGAAUCAGCUCAAUUUGCAGGUUUGGAACACUAAUGGGUCUAUAACUAGGAACAGGGAAGAGGUAAAGGUAAUGGGGAGGUAAUUGGGAGAUAAUGGGUCACUAGGAAGGGGAAUUAAUGGGUUACUGUGCCAAAAAAUGUGAAACAAGUGUCAAAUUUCUCACGACGAAGCUUCAUUUUGUAUUACUUUCAAAUCUCAGUCAGUCAGUCAGUUCAGUAAGUUUGGUGUGAAAGUAGCGCCUUCAAAACUCCGCUACAGUUUAUUGGUGAAUGUUCAGUCAGUCAAUCAGUCAAUCAAUCAUUUAAUCUGCCAGUUACUUUAUCAUUCUAAGAUCUGUUUCCUGCAUUCAGUCUGUCGGUACAUCGAUUAGUUAUUGGCCAGUCAGUCAAUCGGUCAAUCAGUCAGUCAAUCAUUUAAUCAGUCAGUUGCUUUAGCAUUCUCAGAUUUGUUUCCUGCAUUCAGUCUGCCAGUACAUCGGUUAAUUAUUGAAUUGGUCAGUCCGUCAAUCAGUCGGUAUUCAGUCCAAUUAAUCCAUAAAUUCAGGUAAUCAAUCGGUCACUCAGUUAUUGAAGAUAUUACUGACAAUGAGUGUGUUUCGUCAUAGUUUAUUGAAUCAUUUUGUGAUUUUAAUUCAGGCUAACCUUGAAUCACAACCAUUUCAGAAUCAGUCCUCUUUUUUUUUCCGCGUUGCAAACUGAAUACUGCAAACACAUCAGCUCAGUCAGUCAAUUUGUGCAGCCAUUCAGUCAGUCUAUACCUAAACUAAUCCACAAUUUCAACUAUUUCAUCACUCAGUCAGUUUUUCCAUGUCAAAAUUUCUUAUAAAGGUAAAUAAGAUAGAAAUGCUACCACCACCACCACCACCACUACUAUUAGCACACUUAAUACUUUUGCCACCUUUAAUAAUAAUAAUAAUAAUGAUAAAGAUAAAGAUAAGGAAACAACAGCAAUUAUAAGUCAUUCAUUUUAAGGUAAAGAUAUUAAGACUUUUGAGUGAUUUCUUGCUUUUUCUUUCUUGUCCAUUAAUUUGAAGUCGUGAUAGGUAUAAAUAAUAAGGAUAACACUAGUAAUAAUGAUAAUGAUAAAUGACAAUAAUAGAGGUGUUCGGUAAUGACAGGUGUUUCCUUACCUGUAUAUAUAUUUUUUUUCCCCAGUUUGUACAUACAUACAUACAUACAUACAUACAUACAUACAUACACACAGAACACGUGAUUGUAUUCCACUCCAUAUUGUUUGUUUAGUGAGUUUUAUACAUAAUUUCUGAAUCAUCUUCAUUAAAAGUUCAUAAAACAUUUGCUUUUCUAACUUUUGAUGAAUGUUUUAUUUUUUUCACUUUUUUUUUUUUUUUUUGACCCAGGAGAUUAAUAUGAUUUAGUAGUUUGGUGAGUUUUAAAAGUUUAUAAAUGAACAGCUCACUUAUAUUUUGGACACACACACACACACACACACACACACACACACACACACACACACACACACACACACACACACACACACACGAAACAGCAUA